CUUGUGUGCUGACCUAGGCCUCGGUUUUCCAAAGUAUUUAGGUGGGCCUCGAGGUAAAUGCCUUGGGGAAUCUGGGCUGUAGCAACCAUGCUAUUAACUUGGCGCUUGUUCACAGCUGUGUCCAUUGAGACAUCCUCCCAGCGGCUUCUCUUUAGGUUAUUGGUGGCACUGUCAGGCCUAGACCUCAUUCAGAGCCUUAGGUUGGUGUGUUAAGUAGGUGCAUGUUGCUGGCAACCUACCUCAGUUCAAGUAGAAAAGCAGCUGGUGGUAUGAAACGAAAACCAAGGAAGAGUUGUAAUGCGAUGCUGGAGAACAUCCUGUCUGCGAUGCCACAGCCAGGGCAGCCGUGUCAUGUCUGCGUGCUUUUAAGCUGUUUUAGUGUUAAGCUCUUUAUUUUAUAUGCGGCGGUGAAUCAAAUGUAAUUAUUUUAGCUGAGAAGAAGAAGAGUGAGAGGAACGAGGCAACAAGCUUAAGUUGUAAAAAAGGAAAAGAGCUGAAUGGCUGUUUAAAAAAUGAAAACCAGUCCUCUAUCUUCAGUUGUGGUGGGAGAGAGAUGGUGUAUGAGAAACAUGUGCUCCAGCCCCAUUACCUACACCCUUUGGCACUUGAUUGCUAAAAUUGUCUACAUAAUUGUUGUACAAGAAUACACAGGGAAAUAAGGAAAAGCAUAUCUCCCAUUUCCUGCAUCCUGAAACACUUCCAGCAAUCAGCCUGGGCUGGAUCUGAAGAGACAGCUCCCCUUCGGGUCAAAUAGAUCAGCCUGACGUACGCAGAUACAAUGGCGCUGACCUCAAUUAAACUGAGCACACAUGUGCCUUAGGUGAAUUCGGGUCAGUGUUUAUAAAUCUCUCAGACUUUUAAAAGUCCUUCUGUCCCUCAUGAGGUUUCUUAUUUUCUCUUUCCCCCUGCAGGAAAGGAGGAAUUUGAGAGCACCAGGUCUGUAUGUUAAUAAACCGAGAAAUGAUCUAACCCCGCCACUAAAAUACUGACUAAAUAUGACCUAAGAGAGAGAUCCGCUCGCACGUUCACCGUAAGCUGGGAGAUGUUUUCAGCCCUCUCUCUCUUUUCCCCAACCACAAAUCUCUGAAUUCCUUCAGCAGUUUGUAAAAUAAAUUGGCUUGCUCUCUCCUCACAGACUGAAAAUCAGAAUAACAGCUGUGCCCUGGAGCAUCUGUAGUGCCAGGCCCCGUGUUUGCUCAAUGGUGGCUAUUACUGGCCAGUUGGGACAUCCGGCUACACACCGGAGCCAGGGUAUGCUACCGUUCGGAAAGGUGAAGGAGGAUGGAGAUGCAGGACAGUUGGGGGGGAAAGCCAAGAAAGGCGUUAAUGUUACUGAUUCAAAGGGCUCGUUAAAAGCACGUCUUUCUUUGAUGUGAAUCAAACAGGAACCAAUGUCUAAAGAUUUGAAGUGUGUGUUAGCAAGAGCCCAAGCUGCGAAACUUGGACCUGGGUUCCCAACCUCUCAAAGCCUGGUCUUCAGAGCUAGGAUUUUGGGGUAAGGCUCCAUGUCUGAUACUUGAGGUAUUCACCCAACAUGUCAUGAAGUAGAGCCCUGCACCACGGGUGCAGCGUCCGUGUUGCCUAGUGUGCAUGGAAGGAACAAAGCUGCGAUGUGUUUCCUUGUGCAUUGAGUUACAACUUCAUAUCAAAGAGAAUCCACCCCCCCCACCCAUCCACGCUCUUCUUUUUAUUGUCUCUGUGUGUAAUGAUGAAGUUCAGAUUGAAUAAAGUACUGUUGCCAAAGUGAACACAUAAUUUAGUCUAGCUUUCAGCUCAAAUACCUGGGGCUGUGAACUUGCUAUUAAUUUAAUAUCAUAUUAUUGUGAUAUUGUAAUAGUAACAAGUAUUUGUCACUACUUCCUUUUAUUAAAGGGAAAUGCUGUGCCAUUUGAUUAGUUAAAACACAGUAGUGUGUCACAAAUAGAUUUUUUUUUUUAAUAUGCAGAAAUGUAAUGGCUUAAACCAACUGUGUGUUGGUUUGAGACAAAGAUGGAUGUGAACCUUUAAAGAUUAUUUUUAGAUGUUUAGAUUUUCCUCUUUCUGGGGUUUCUUUUACGCUCUUGUAAAUCCAUGCCACUGCAAAAUAGAUGUUUGUAAUGGGCAAAUCUCGAAAGGGUUUUAGGUCCAUUCUGGGGAAACAGCAAGAGGAUGUAUUUCUACCUGACUUGUCCAAGUCUCUUGCAUCUGCAAAAUCAGAUAGGAAUCCUUGCAAUGACAGAUUGCGCAUCUUUAAGUACAUCCCGCUGCUGUUUGGAAGGGGAAACAACUCAAGUAACAGCCAUCCUUUUGGUUGGUUUGGGGCCUCCAUUUCUGAUCCUGGAACAGAGGGCCACAGAACUCGGGGGGAAGAAAUGUUCCUGGUCCAGAUUAACUGCACUUGUUCAAGUGUCUAAACCAAGUUGAUUUUGGUUCAAGUUCAGCUACAGAUUCAAAUCAGCUCUUAAUUUAUCCAGACCGGUCUGCCCAUUUUUGCUGGACAGAAAUCUAAGGAAUGCAGGCAAGCUUGGAGCUUGCAGGUGAAGGCAGGGCCAUGAAGCCCUUUGCAACCUCCACUGACUUAGAUGGAGUUUCACAACGUCGUAAGGUCAAGUUUGGACCCAAAGGUCUUUAGCAGCUACUUGUUCAUUUUCAUAUAAUCGUGUGUUCGCUCACUGGGAUCCAUGUCAAACUCCAGGUAUGGGCUGUUGAUUGAACAGGUGGCAUUUACUUGUUGGAAAGGUACUUGGUAUUGGUGAGGCAGCCUUCAUGACAUUCCAGAAAAUGCAAGUAAGCACAAAUCCCCUCUUUCCACUGCUGAGGACCCGUUGUCGUAAGGAACACUUACCUGUCCCGUCCUGCUGAAGUAUGUACGCAGCCGAUAAUAGCUGCCGUAGGUGCCACGUGUGAAGUGAAGGGUCCAUGUUAUGAAGGAGAUGCAGAAAAUUCCUCGUUGAAAGUCUUGCAGGUGUGUUCAUGGGUUUAUGGCGUCUAAGGCCAAACUCUGAGGAGGUGGAAGUUUUCUGAGCGCCAUUCACUUCAACCCAGUUGCGCUUGUUUUAUAACUCCUGAGCACCUGGCCCUGGCUCUUUCAAAUGUCUGCGUUGACUACACCAGUGGUUUUCCGCCUGUGGUCGGUGGACCCCUGGGCGUCCGCGCACUAUUUCUAAGGGGCCCACAAAAGAUGACUAGGAUCAAUCAAAAGUGGGUGAAUACCCACACCUACAAUUCAAAGGGGUCUGCACCUCCAUUCAACACUUUAGGGCUCCACUAGUGAAAAAAAGGUUGAAAACCACUGGACUACAUUGAAAACAGUCAAUUUUCAAAGCAAACCAAGACUUUGGUGUCUUGGCAAGCAUUUGGUUGGGAUCCACGUGGCCUGACUUUCUCAAUCAUAAGAAAGCCAUUCUUUGAAACAGUCCCAUGUUGUUAUCUCCAACCAGAUCCUCUAUCCAGGCUUCGCGCUUAGGGCGCUGCUGGGAUCUUCCUGUAUUACGUUGCGCGGGUGAUAGCUGGCAUUCACGCAUGAAUGGAAGUCAAACGUCUUCCAUGUUUCUUUGUAUCUGAUCUUGGGGACGUGACAAUAGGGCAGGCGUGUUUCGAGUGCAAAGAAUUAACAUCAAAAAGCUGCCAUUGGGCGCUGCAGCUCUUUAUGCUGGUGACUCAUUCACAGAUCCGAGCAUUACCAAAAUGUUCCUGCUGGUUUUCUCUUUCCUUUUUUUACCCCCCUCGUUCAAGGGACCUGUGUGCUGCACCUUGAAGUGACAGCUUUUUCUUCCUCUUCUCAAGCCCUUAGUAACAGGCAGCUUGAUUGCAUUUAUGCCAGCAUAAGGCACGGGUGUACCGGACAUCAGCAUCUCGCCCCGUUGUGCUUUUCCAAGGAACUUCCAUCACUUCGGCAAACUGCCUUCGUUGCACGACAGACGGGGUCCUAAAUUCCUACUGUUUUCCUGACUCGGGCAAAGCGACGCUGUUGUAGGAAAUAAACUGUCCAAGACCCAGUUUUGGAAACCCAUAGCGGGCACAAGUGAUGCGCCGAGCUCUGUUUGCAAGUUUACCAGAGAUGGCUGCUACCUCAGGGAUAGUAUCCGUGUUAUGUUUAGUUGGGCAGGGAAUAGUUUUAUACUGUGACAGGGUAUUUUCAUACUGUUGGAUUCAGGUAUUUAUUUGUGAACUGUGUCUUUCUUUUUCCUUGUAUCAUAAAGAUGCUGGAAUUUUAAAGUAUUAGGCCAGACGGGGAUUUUAAAACUUCCACCUAUGACGACCCCCCCCUCCCGAGGAUUGUAGAUGUUAAAAGGUUGGCAAUAAAAAAAAAAAAAAAAAAAUGGAAAACCAUGUGAAGUGCUGUUACUUUAUAACCCAAUCCAAAGCUCAUUCAUGUCAACAGGAAGGUUUCCAUUGACUUCAGUGGGUCUUGGGUCAGGUAUAUGGUAUAUUAAAAAAACCCAACAACAGUGCAUUUUGAUCUGUAGCAGCAUUACUGUGUGUGUCUGCACGUUUCUCUGUACUAGGAUAAUGUAUCGUGCAGCGAUUUGAGGGCAAAAGUCGCUAUAGGCUGCCAGGUCCCCUGCCAGGGGGAAAUCAAUACAGUAGCAGUUCAGCGCAGUACCUGAAUCAGUGCGGUAGUGUAUAUGGGGAGAGUGGAUGAUUGCUUUUUUUCUUAAAGACAAAGUGAAUAUACUGCUUUCCCAGACGCCAUCUGGGGCUUUAUCCUCUUGUCCAGGUUUAUUUGCAAUAGUAGCAAAAGGAGGAUUGAUAUGUUUAAAGGCAAUUUAUGACUGUUGUACUGAAAUCCCUUUUCUUUUCCCAACACACGCAUCCCCUCGCCCCCAUACUCACACAGGCCUCCCCAGUGUAACGUUUUCACUCCAUUUUCCCCUCCUCUGUGGCUACAUCAUGCAUUUGCUGGGAGCAAAGCGGCGAGCACUGCUUUUCCCCGCCUAUAACCCCGUUUCCUCCGUGAGAGCGACCACUGCCUCUCCACUCUCCCCAUAUCUGCAAAGCAAACACGAGCCGGUGGUAAGAAAGACCGUCGCACCAGGUACUUGCGCUGCCCUGAUCUGCCCCCAGAUACCUUGUCACGCAGAGAUCACAGGUGGGAAGAUUUCAAAUCCUGCACAGAUUGAGAACAGCUGUCAUCUUUUGCUGGCUUGCUUUAGCUUUCCUGCCAUGUCCACUGUACAUCAGUCUCCCGUCGCCCCGUGUUACGUGGCUCAUGAUGAGUGUUGCCCUUGCUGUGUAUAUACUGUAGAGAAGAAAACCGGGGGGGCUGGGGGGAGGGAAGGAGGUAUCAUUGCAUAAAGUGACCGCGUCUAGAGUGGUGACGCUGGAUUUGGCCGCUUGUCCAGAGCUACGUGGCAGCCCUGUUCCCUGCGCUCUGCUAUCGUGUUGAUGGGGGUUACCCAUCGCGUUUUCGAUGGGGGACGUUUCCUGGUUUGAUGGGAAAAUGGAAGCGCUAGGACAAAUGUUUGGUGCAUUCAUUUACCAAUUCUCUAAGAGGCGCGAGUGUUUACGCUCCGAGAAACCCAAAGUUUGAGGUACUUACAGGAAACGUGAUGCUGGUGUCUAAGCAGGGGUCUGGAGAAACAAGGCUGUGGGAUGCUUCCUCAAAGUCUCCUUCACGUGGGGCGUCCUGAGACACAGGAUGGUCUCGGUCACCUUGGGGUAAAUCCAGCUUGGGGUAUCCCCACUGCUGUCCAUGGGGCGAGACACCUGCUUGGCUGUUUGGAGGAGUUGCCUUCAUCACACCAAUGGAUUAAAAGCCACUGGGUCUGUAAAGAACCACAAAACAAGGCAAAAGGGUAAAAAUACUGUAUCCAAACACAGGCUUGAGGGAGGUUGCGGGGGGAUCCUGCUUAAAUCAUCUGUGCAAACAGCGUUUGAAAUAGAUCCUUCCCCAGUCAAGGGACAUGAAAGGCAGACUAGAGAUCCUAUCGAGCAACCUGAUGCCUGUUCAUUUAUUUCUUCAAUCCACCAAAAAAAAAAAAAGUGGAAGCUUGGGUGUAUGCCAGCUGGGCCUGCGAACUCGCUGAAUCCCAGACGGCGCCUUUGAACUCUGGAAAUGAUUAUGUGUGAAGUACAGUAGCAUCUCUAAGCGAGCGCUCAGCAAUUUCAGGGCCGGAUUCUCUUCUCACUUACAACAGGAUAAAUCUGCCAGAACUGUGUAAAUCAACAGACCGAUGCUGGGUUUACCCAAGGCUGAGACUAGGAUUCGGUCCUCCGCAUUUUGUAAGGGGAAGGGACUUGGGGGCCUGAUGAGAAGUCCCUGGAGGUCGGUGGCAAGACGCUGCCGUUGGUGGGGUUUGGAGCAGGUUCUUUCGUACAAAGCAAAGAGGAAGUCUAUUUUGACGGUAUUUACAAUGUCCUUUAGCUUGUAAUAAAGAUGAUAGAACUUUGUUCCAAUUUUCUUCAGGAAUAAACUGUUAAAAGAAUUUUAUAUAUAUAUACAUAUAUAUAUAAACCCCAAAUGCAAAGCACUUUUCUACUGUUUAUUUUCUACCUUUCUUACUUUGAUCCAUCUUGAUAUUUGAAAUCCCACUGAUCCUAUGAUUGUUAGUUCUGUAUAAAAAAAAUAAAAUAAAAUAAAAAAACUUUUUUUUUUUUUUGUAGUUUGGUCUGUUUAGCUUUUAGCCUGUGGCUAUUGUACAAGGAAAAUAAAACUAGAAUAAAUUAGCUCUAGUUUC